UUUUAUAAAAGAAAGAAUAAUUAAGAAAAGUUUCCACCAUUGACCAAGCCCCGAUGCUGCAGAUCCCAACCACUUUUGGUUUUUGUUGUUGCUGCUUGGUUAUGUGUGUGUCGUUUUAUUAGUCUUGGCUUUUUAUUGUUGGCGUUUGGCUUGUCCGACCGAUAUUGGCACUGGCCAACUUGCCGCGCCGCUUGAAAGUGAUCCAAAUUUGCACAACAAAACGAAACAUAACAAAAAUAGCAUUUCCGUAAAAAACGUCGAGAAAAAAAUGUUAACAACAAAAGCAGCCAUGCAAUAGCCCACAAAACACCGAUUGAGAAACGCAGCGGGAAAUAGAUUCAUCAUCAUCGUCAUCACAUAUUUCAAAUUCGCCGUAUUUCAAAAUCCCAUCCAUUGAUAAAUUUGUUUCCAUUUUUUAUUUUUUUUGUUUUUGUUACAGAAAUUGUUAAAAUUGAAAGUUUUGGGGUCCAUUGAAAAAUUAUUUCCAUAUUUGUCAUUCGUCAUUUUUUUGUUUUUGUUGUUUUGCGUGAGUGUUUCUUCGAUUGUCAUUCGGUUAUAUCAACGUAUUUUGCAACAACAACAACCAGAAAAUCAUAUCGAAACGCAUUUAACAAAAAUUUAUCAUUAUCAACAAUUGAAGAAAAAAAAAAAAAGAAAGAAAACAAUCAAAAUUUGAAUUUUGCAAAAAUUUCCCGUUUCCCCCAAAAAAAAAAUCAAAACCAAAAUUGCAGAUAAAACCUCAACAGCUGAAGAGGAAACAAAGAAAAAUCUUUCGAAAAUCUAAUCAAAGCUUUCCAUUUAUCGCAUGCUGUGUCGUCGCCGUAGCACAUAGAGACUGAAAUGUGAAAAUUGAUUUCCUAAAACAAACAACAACGUACAACAAAACUACCAUAACAUUCCAUUUACAACAACCACAACACAGGGUGGCCAUUUGCCGGCCAUGAACUGAAGAGCGCGAAACUAUGCCAACGUAAUCCAAUAACUAAAUUAAGAAAAAUACCCGCAGUAAGGUGGUAGGAAAUGCCGCACCACCCUCAAGAUAAACGAAAGGGAGACUUGACAUUGAAUUCUUCCACAGAAUUUUCCAUGGAAAUUUUCUCGUAAAGAGAAAAUUACGAAUUUCCCAAGAAUCUUUCCAAAUGUAACUGCCUCGCCUCCUCUAGCGAUAGCGAAAAAAAAAAACAAAACAAAAUAAUUCCAAUUAGAAAAAUAUUUGUAAACUGUAAUUUUAGGCACGUUCCGUGCGAUUUGCUUUAAACGCAACAGCAACAACAACAAAAAAGAAGAGAGAAUUUUUUGUAAUAUGUCAUUGCCUCCUCCAGCUAGCUUUAGGUGGCAGCGUAAACGUGGUCGCUGUAAAAUAGCUUUAACAUGUUACCUAUUAAUAGCCGUUAUGUUGGUGCGGAACGCCCAAGCGGGUGUUAUCAAAAAAAGAGAAAUUCCCUCAGCCACAGGUAUGGAUAUGGGCGAAACAACAGCGGUGACGCCGGCAAAUGUUUUGGUGUCGUCGAUAAGGGCUGCCGCAGCUGACCCUGACAUUGAAGUGGGGGAAUUGAACCGAACACAAGCGCUGCCGACCAAGUUAACUCCCCUGGACUCCCAUGAUAGUGGAAUGCCAACAAAGUUGCAGCCAAUGGGAAGGGGUUUUGGAACGUCUUCUCAAGAGCAAGCAAUGGCCAAUGAAAUAGCCCUGAUUAAGAAUCCUUCCAGCAUUGAUUCCUCGCCGGAAUUUGAAAAGAAAUUGCAGGAGGUUAUGCCUGAAUCCAAUAUUAAAUCCCCUGCCCAGCAAAGUUUAAAUGAAGAAAAUUCCAAUGAAGCCCCACAUCGGGCGCCAGUGGCAACAGAAAAUCCCAUACUCAAGUUAGCCAGCAAUUUGGGGCAGAAUUUCCAAGAAAAAAUCGAGGGGCUAAGUGGCCAGGUUUUACAUUCCCUCAAUGACAUUGGUUCCAGGGAAACGACCCAAGAGAACGCCAAAGAAACCGAUUCCGGAACCAAAAUUGCCAGUUUCAACCCCAGUCUGGCGGAAAAUACCAACUCUGAGAAUAUUAUGGUUCUAACGCCCCAAUCCAAGGAGAAGAGUGAUGAUGUCCAGACGAAAAUUGAAGGAAAGGAUAUGGAUUUGGCUACCCAGGCUAAUCUCUCCAAGGAUGUGGAGGUUAUGACCCUUGGACCAGAUAAUCGUCCAGUUUUCAGUGUUUCUUCUACCCAUGAGAAUUUUGCCAAUUUGGCUGAUACUCAAGAAUCUCACAAGGAAGAAAUGGGAAAUUCUGGGGAUACAUCACAGAAGGCCUUUGCAACUGAAAUUGGAAAGGAUAUCCAGGAGUUUCCUUUGAAAGGUGAUGGAAAUUCCCAAGAAUCUCAAAACGUUGGAGCAACAAAUGAUUUAAAUUCCCAGGAAUCUCUGAGAACUAAAAAUCCUGAAACCAAUUCCGGGAAAAAUAAUGAAAAUCCCCUUGAAUCCCAGAUUUUGAAAGCUGACAAUGAAAUUCCCUCGAAGGAUAAUGGAAAUCCAGCUGGAUCUCCGAAUAAAAUUCCCCAGGAAUCUCAAAAUGGUGACAGAGGAAAUUCCCUACAUUCCCAAGAAUCUCAGGGUGCGCACAACAAAAACUCUCAAGAAUCCCAGAAUAUUUUGAAGGGAAAUGCCCAGGAAAAUCCCAUAAAAAUCCAAGAAAUCUCUAAAAUUGUCCGAGAAAAUCCCACAAAAAUCCAAGAAAUCCCCAAAAAUUCGCAGGAAAAUUCGAAAGAACCCCAAAAUAGUCCGGAAAAUCUCCACUACACAACGACGGCCUCAAAUAUAAAUAAUGAAAAUUCCCCAGUGUCUCAGAUUGCCGGCAUUAAAGAAAAUCCCCAAAAUUCCCAAAACGCCGAGGAAAAAUCCCAGAAUGUUGGGGAAAGUUCAAAUGCUUCUGCCAGCGAGUAUGGAAGUGAUCAACUUUCUCAAAAAGGAAGUACAUUCCAAAAUGCCAAUACAAAUCCACAAAAUUCCGAAAAUAUUCAUAAAAAUCCCCAAGAAUCCCAAAAUUCCAAGGAAAAUCUCCAAACAUCCCCGAUUAUGGGGGGAAAUUCCCAAGAAUCCCCGAAAGCUGAAAAUAUUCAAGAAUCUCAAAAAUCACUGGCCACCACCACCCUUGGACAUUCCCAAGAAUCCCAGAAUACUUCAGAAAAUAAUGACUCUAUGGCAAAGAAUUCCCAAAAUGCCAAUGAAAAUCCCCAAACAUCCCCGCAAAGAGAGGAAAAUGGUCUUGGAAAUUCCCCAAAAUCCCCAAAUGCCAGUGAAAAUCCUCAAGAAUCCCAAAAUGUUUCGGAUUCUCAAAAUGCCAAUGAAAAUCUCCACGCAGCCCAGAAUUCCGGCAACAAUGAAAAUUCCCCCAAUGAGCCAGAAUCCCACAUUACUUUAAAAAUCUCAUCCAAUGCUGAAGGAAAUACCGUGAAUGAGCUGGCAUCCCAGGAAAAUGAGGGGAAUUUGAAGAAUUCGGAAGGGAAAUCUUCCCCGGAAAACUCUGUAAAAGAAAUUGAUGAAAAUGCCAAAAAUAAUGGCAACUCAGGGGAUUUUCUAACCUCAACUAAGCCGGAAGAGGAGACAAAGUCGUUUAAAGUACUGGAGGAUAUACAAAAUCCUGGUAAUCAUAACCUAAAUGAGAUUUCCUCCAAGGAAAGUCUGUUACCAUCAGGGAAAUCAGGGAAGGAAGAAUCGCAUAAUUUGGCUGAAAAAGAUGGCAACCCUGAUGAAAAGUUGGGCCAAAAUGACCUAGGAAAUCAAGAGUUGAAAACUGAGGAAACCACUACAAAAUCUCCCCAUACUUCUGCCAUAGAAAAUAAUCUCCAAAGUAAGACAUCCGAUCUGGAAGCCGUAACAGCUGAUCGCUCGAAUCAAACAGCUGAUUUAGCCAAGACCACAACCCUUCGUGACAAUAGCCUAGAAAGCAAUCACAUUAACGCGGAUCCAGCAGCCAUUACCAAGGGAGAUGAAUCGGUGUUUUCCUCCAAGGUUCUUGCGGGGGAAUCGGGAAAUAAAUUCUUGAAUACCUCGGGGCAUAUUCAGGAUGCCAUGGAUUCAGAUUCCUGGAAAGAGGUUACCAAUGAUUUACCCGAUCGAACCACGGAAAAAGUGCCGGAAGCCAAUCCGAGUCCAAGGCCAAUGGAUAAAGUGGAAUAUGGGCGUUCCAUGUUUGGCAAGGAGGAGGCGGAGGAAGAAUCCACCACUUUACCGGCCCACAUUGCCAAUAAUUUGGAUUUUGAAGAGCUACAGAAAAACUCCUCUUCUCAACGCCCCAAACAGCCCAAGUUUAUCAAUGAAAACUCCUCCAAUGCCCAGCAAAUGAAUUUACCCAAUAAUCCCGAGGUUUGGUCCCUGGCUGGCAUGAAGAAUCCCAACUCGAACUCCAACUUCAAUUUGGAGCUGCCAAAGAUAACCACAACUGAAAAGGGCCUUGCCAUGGCAGAGAAAAGCCAGGAGAUGAGGGAACCAUUUGAGAGUGAAAAAUCCCAGCAGGGUCUCAAUGAAAAAUCUCUGCUGGAUUGGUCGCACAUUAUUACCGACAAAGAUCUGUUGCAGGCCACCACGGAACAAUAUGAGGGCAUGGAGCUUCUGGGUAAUUCCUCGACAAAUAAAAUCAGUGCCAAUUCAGAAAUCUUAUCUAUGGCGGGCGAAGAUGAUAAGGCCGUAAAAAUGGGAGAAACAAAAGAUAACUUGCCAACCCAGGUUGCUGGGGGAGAGGAAUCUGCCACCACGGAAUCAUUUGUUGAGUUUGUAGCAAGUCCCAAAAGUGUUGGCACACAUGAACAGCAACAACAACAACAACCUGACACAAACUUGACUUUAACCCAACAACAACCCGCAAAUACAACAGCUGUUGCCAGUGACGAGCCAGGUGCCGUCAUUACAUUUGAGAACAACCCCAGAGAGCAGAGCUUUAUCAAUCAUAACAACCUAACAUACUCAGAGAGAGAGCCAGUAACUAAGGCAACAGCUGUUAUAACGGAGAGCAGCCAUAGCCAGCCUGAAGUGCAAAAAACAACUGUAGAGUCAAAUGUUAACAGUUUUGUUGAACCAUUCGCGGAGAGUACAACGAUAACGGUACCGACAACGACGCGGAAUUCGGUUUCGGAUGAUUUUGGUUUAAAAGCGAAUAUUACGGAAAAUUCGAAUACGGAGAGUAGUGGAGAGGAAAAUAAUUCCAGGUUCCCAGAGGUUACAACAUAUAAGCCGAAAUUUGUAAUAACAACAAAAACAACUUUAACGGAGACGGCCACAACUUCUCCAGCAAAUGAGGCCGAAUCUGCCACCACGAAAACUAUUCCUCUAGCGGAAGUUAUUGACCAAAAUGGCAUCGACAGUAAUAGUCAUGAUAAUGAAUUACAACAAAAGCAACAGCAGCAGCAAUCGAUAAAUAUUGAAACUACAACAACAAGUUUAGACACAACUACGUUAGCGUCUCAAGAGCCAAGUGCAGAGGUAACAGGGGCGGCGGUGUUGGCGUCGUCAUUCGAGGGGCAAUUUUCAAGUACAAAUAAAACGCAUUUGAAUGAGCAGCUAGCAAAUACUACAACAACAACAACUCAGGCUACAACAACAACAACAACAACAAACACCACAGAUAUUCCAUUUGAGGCGACGACGACGGCGAGUUCGACGACGACAAUAACUGAGGCUAAAGAAAAUACUACGUCAUCCUCCACAGAAGAGAUAAUCAAAAAACCAUUGGAGGAAGCGACAACAACCCCUAGCCCUCAACAAGAAGCCAAAGAAGCAACACAGCCAGGGGAAGCGGGACAGGAAGGGCAGACGAAAAACAAUAGCCAAGAGCAAAUAAAAACAACAACAACAUCCACAGAACAAAACAUAAUAAUUGGGUUACCUUACACGACGACGACGGAGGUCUCAGCAACAAAGGAGGAGGAGAAGGCCACAAGGGAAGAAGAAGCCACAAAGGAGGAGACCACGGGGGAGAAAGAGAAGGAGGAGGAUACGAAGAAGGAAAUUGAAACAACAACAGUUGUACCCAUCCUUGCCACAGAAACACCUGUUGUUGGCCACUCAAACGAGACACACACAACGUCCUCUACACCUGAACUCAAUACAACCCCGGGAGGGGAAGAAGGGGUCACCACAGAAAAAGGGGUAGAAACCUAUUUCAAAUUUCCUCUCAGAGGGGGUAAUCAAAAACCUGCAACAACAACAACAACGCCACUACCAGAAAUAAUCACAACCACCACCACAGCUAUCAAACGGGAAGAGGAAGCAGAAGUGGAGGGUUCCGGUGGGGGAGAGUAUGCGGAAGGUGUGGAACUUACAACCAUGAGUUUACCGGAGAGCACGACAACAACAUCAACCUCGACCUCAACGACGGCAGUGACAGAGGAGACCUUUAUAAGUCUACUAGAUGAUUCAACAACAACUACCACCAGCACCACCACAACAACAACGAGUAUACCCCCCAUAAUAAUAAAAACAACAACAACAACAGCAGCAGAGACAACAACAGAGGCAAGCUCUUCAACGACGACAACAACAACUUUGAAGGGCUUAGAAGAAGAGGUCUAUAAAAUUAUUAGCAACAGUUCCGCAACAGCAGGCAGUCCGACAACAACAACAACAAGUGAAAUUCCUCACACAACUUUAAUAGAUUAUUUAGAAACCACAACAACAACAGCCAUGAUACCCACAACAACUUCCAACAGUACUACCACCACAAUGGUCAUACAAACCGCCAACAUUGGAGGAACUGGUGGCAACUCCUUACCACCCCUGGACACCAUUAUGAUACCCAACGGAGGUGACAACAACAUGUUUACCAAAAACUCCAAUGACAACGGUGAGAUGGAUGUCAAUGUCAUUAUUGCCAUCACGGUUUCGGUAAUUGGUGUUGUUGCCCUAAUCCUACUGGUAGCCUUCCUCUACCUGAUGCGUAAACGUCAAAAACAAACGUCAUACAGUCAACGUUGCCGUCCCGUCAGCCUCGAUGAGUAUGCCAUCGAAAAUGGUUCCAUCGGGGGUGGUAGCAUACGCAAGGGCAGUGCAUUCAGGUCCUCGAAAAGGACAUAUGGCAAUUUGGCCUUUGAUGACCCUUCGAUACGUCACAAUGCUUUGGGCGUCCAUGAUUUGGCGAAAUUUGCCACAGAGAAGUUGAGGAUUUUUGAGGAAUUUCGUGAUGUGCCACAAAUCACGGCGAGAGAUGAUGAGGUGCCACCCGGGGUGGAAGAUAAGAAUAGAUAUGCCAAUGUCCUACCGCUUCCUGAAACUCGUGUCAUCCUACAGCGUCUGAACGAUGAUGAGAAAACGGAAUACAUUAAUGCGAAUUAUGUCAGCGGUCCCAAAGAUUCCCCCAAUUACUACAUAGCCUGUCAGGCCCCGUUGGAGACCACCGUUGAAGAUUUCUGGCGCAUGAUAUGGGAACAACAAUCCCGUGUCAUAAUCCAGGCAACCGACCUCAUCGAAAAUGGCAUUGAAAAAUGUUUCGAAUAUCUACCGCCCUCCGUUACGCUGGAUAAUCACGCAACAUUUGGCGACUUCCAAGUCACGCUACAGAAUCGUGAAGUCAAAGAUAAAUAUGCCAUUUCCACAAUUCUGCUGAAAAAUACCGCCGAAAAUAAUGCCAGCCGAGAGUUGACCCACUACUGGUAUAAAUGGCCAGAGACGGGAGUGCCCGUUGAAGAGGCACCCAUCAUCGCAAUGCUACUGGAGGCUCGUUCUUCUCUCAUUAGUUAUGCCAUCGAACAGGCUAAUGAAGAAAAAGAAAAGAGUUCAGCGCCGGGGGCAGGUAAUACCUUGAGAUCGGCCGAAGAGGGUGGAGCGACAAAUGGCGUCAAAGAUGGAACAAAUUCGAAUGGUAGCAGUAAUGCGGAAAUAAAUGGCAAUAUUUCAAUGGUGCCAAUCAAAAAGACUGCCAGAAAUCAGGGUCCCUUAACUGUCCACUGCUCUCCAGGUACUGGUCGAACGGGUACAAUUAUUGCAUGUGACAUUGCCAUACGCAGCCUGGAGACACCCAAGCGAACCGUUGACAUUCCCCAUAUUGUGUACUAUGUGAGGCGAGGACGAGCCAGUGCUGUGCUGACCAAGGAACAAUACGAAUUUAUCUAUAAAGUGGCCAAUAUGUAUGCGGCGAAAAUAACCAAUCCAAGUAAUUAUAAUUGAAGCGAAGGCGAAAACUGAUGACCAACAACAAAGAGGCCUUGCGAGAGAACAACAACAAACCAAGUAAUUAUAAUUGAGGUGGCGAUAACUGAAAACCAACCAAGAGGCCUUGCGACAACAAUGAUUUGUUAAAAUUCCAUACCAAAAGUGCCUUGAAUUAAAAACAGGAGAAGGAGCAGGGAGUCCACAUACAUCUUCCAUGAUAUUAUGCUGUGAGGAUAUAGUACCCCAGCUGGCCUUGAAGCUACUACCCAGGAGCAGGAAAUCAAACAUCAAAA